AUGCCAAAAAUGACAACAACAACAUCCAAUGAUAGUGCUUUAUCUGCCAUAUCAAAAUCACCAUCAACAGCAAAUGUCAUUGAAGUGCCACCUGUUGACCUUGAUUAUAUCUUUGCUCAUAUGAUGACAAUUGGAAGACCUAAUACAGGAAUUAGCACUUGUAUCACUGAACAAAAUAUCACUGAUUUAUUAUUGAAUGUAAAAUCAUUAUUUAUGGAACAACCGGUGAUGUUAAAAUUAAAACCGCCUAUAACCGUUUGCGGAGAUAUCCAUGGACAAUUCGGCGAUUUGAUACGUAUUUUCAGUAAAACAGGUUUUCCACAUAAAACAAAUUAUCUUUUUCUUGGAGAUUAUGUCGAUCGUGGUAAAAUGAAUCUCGAAGUAAUCAUUUUCCUAUUUGCAUGCAAGUUACGAUAUCCGAAAAAUUUUUUUUUACUUCGUGGUAAUCAUGAAACACAAUUGGUAAAUCGAAUUUAUGGCUUUUACGAUGAAAUAAUGCGACGAUAUCAAUCACUGCCGCUCUAUAUGCUAUUUCAAAGUGUUUUCAAUGUUAUGCCAUUAAGUGCAAUCAUUGGUGAUCGAAUACUUUGUAUGCAUGGUGGCUUAUCACCUGAUAUGCUUAAAGCUGAUAAUCUUAACAUUCUCCAAUCGAUCUAUCGGCCAUUACCUGAUCCACCAAAUCCAUCGCUUCCAUUAGAUUUAUUAUGGGCUGAUCCAAAUUCAUACACCGAUGAGUUUAAAUUCAACGAUCGUGGCAUAUCGAUUACAUUUGGUGCUAAAAUGGUCAAAAGAAUAUGUGAAAAAUUUAACUUAGAUUUGAUCUGUCGCGCACAUCAAGUUGUUCAAGAUGGUUAUGAAUUUUUUGCUAAUCGUAAAUUAGUGACAAUUUUUUCGGCGCCUCAUUAUUGUGGUCUAUUUGAUAAUGCCGCUGCUGUAAUGUUAGUUGAUGAGCAAAUGCAAUGCUCAUUUAAAAUUUUUCGGCCAGCAUUUCCAAAAAUUGAAAAAGCUAAAUUUAAUGCUUCGAAAAAUGUGUCAUCCUGCAGUGCAGCAAUAGUUUAA